AUGAGUCCCACCUCCGACCCCUCCCUCACCAUUAGCCCCACCUCCGACCCCUCCCUCACCAUUAGCCCCACCCCUGACCCCUCCCUCAACAUUAGCCCCACCCCUCCCCUCCUUGUGCAAACAAGCCGCGCUUUCUCCCCUGAUACCCCCAUCCCAUCCUCACUCCCCCCUCUCUCCCUCACCCCCCCCCCUCACCCCAAUCUGAUGGAUGACGCUGUUUACGACAAGUGCGGCGUGUUUGAAAGUCAGGCUGGAGGUGCGGCGUCUCUAAUUGGGCCUGGGAGACACCGGCCGCUGGUUCAAAGCCCGGUACAUCGGGGGCCACAGGUAAUGAUGAUUCUGAUUAUGGGGAGCGCGCCGGUGGAGGGUCCGCGAGCGCGUGUCAGGACAAAGGCGACGGUUCCCAGGAGCGCCGAUGUGAGCGCCGAGGAGAGCGCCGUGGAGAGCGCCGCAGUGAGAUCCGGAGAAGCCCAGGUGUCACCGGUCUCCCCGCUCGCUCCCGUUCAGCCCGCCGUGCCGUGUGCGCUGGACCCUGAAACACAGACAGGUGACUAUACACACUCCGGCUGCAGGAGGCCCACAGGUGCACGAGCCCUGGAGCCUGGUGCAGAGAGGUGCGGGUGGUGGGUGAACCCGAGCACAUGA